AUGCAGCAAGCCACGAUCUUCACCUCCCUCUUCCAUACCCUUCUCGUCUUGGCCGUCUUGUCCGUCUCAGCCAUGGCCGCCGCCACCGCCGCCACCAAGCCCACGAUCGUCAUCGUCCCGGGCGCUUGGCAGCUCCCAAAUGCUUGGGACGAGUUCCGGUCCGUGCUCGCCCGGGCCGGCCACCAGGCGCACCACGUCGCCCUGCCGAGCGUGGGCGGCACCGAGGAGCCCCUGACGGGCCUCCCCGAGGAUGUCGCCGCCGUCCGGCAUGUUGUCGGCGGGCUUGCCGACCAGGGCGACGAGAUUGUCCUGCUGUGCCACUCGUCCGGCGGCGUCGUCGGCAGCAACGCCGUCGAGGGCUAUGAUGUUGCCGCCCGCCAGGCCGCCGGCAAGGUUGGUGGUGUCGUUCGCAUCGUCUACCUCUCCGCCUUCAUGCUCCCCAAGGGCAAGAGCUUGCUGGAGAUGUUGGGCGGCACUCCCCUGCCGUGGAUGAUUGUUGACGGCGACCGCGUCACUGGCGACCCCGCGCAGAUGCCCGAGAUCGGCUUCAACGACAUGCCGGCUGAGGAGGCGGCGUACUGGGCCAAGCAAACGACCUGGACCUCGGCUGCUCUGUUCUCUGCCGCGUCUCAGUUCGAGCCCUGGAGCAACGGGAUUCCGGGCGCCUACAUCUUCCAGACGAUCGACAAGGCCCUUCCGUACAAUCUUCAGCAGGACAUGGCCCGGCAGCUCGGACCGGAUCCGCGCACAGCCACCAUGGAGACCGGCCACUGUGGCUUCCUCAGCAAGCCCGAUAUGAUGCUGGCUGCUCUGAAGCAGGUCAUUGGAGGAAACUGA